CACAACAACUCAGUAUUCGCACCAAAGAGAAGAAUAAAACCUCAUCAUAUCUUCUAUUGACUAGAUUUCUUCUAAGUGAAAAAGAGGAGAAAUGGAGUCAAUGAACAUGAAGCUCAUGGUGGUGUUGAUGGUAGCUAUUGUGGCUUUCUCCGCCGUAGGAAACGUGGCUGCGCAGACAGAGGCUCCGGCUCCAAGUCCUACUUCCGAUGCUGCCAUGUUUGUCCCGGCAUUGUUUGCAUCUGUUGCUGCUUUGGCAUCUGGGUUUCUCUUCUAAACCAAUCUACACAUUUCAUUGAGUUAGGAUCACAUUAAUUUUAUUAUUCAAAACUUAGGUCAAGUGUACUGUGUACCAUCUAACUAGAAGAAACUGGUUACUAUUUCUUUGAACAAACGAGACUGAACAAAGAAGAUGAUGCCAAUGAGCUACAUGUAAAGUACUUUGGAUAUUGGAGAUUCAAAAUGUUGUUUUAUGUACAAAAACUGUCUGUAACAAUAAUAACAGAGGCAGACACUA